GACCAGUAACGGUUCGCGUGCAUAGCAUGGGUAGGUGUCGGAAUAAGAAGUAGGCCGCAGAACACCAGUUCGGACCAACCUUACGCUCGACCGCGAGGUGGCGCUCACGUCGCGCCUGAAAAACCUCGAAUUUUCAUUUCGCACAAACCUGAAAAGCUCGUUCGGUUCUUGUUGCUGCUGUUGUUGUUGGUGUUGAUGUUUCGGGUGGGAAUGACGAUUGUUAUCGUUUCGUUUACCACGAAAGAUGACUUUGAAGUUACCGAUAAAUUUUUGAUUUUUGGUGUUGUGACGGUGAGCGAAUCACACCGGUUUUCGGCGCUUCAUCGCCCAUCAUCAAAAGAGGGAUGUUGUCUAAUGAGAUGGGAAGGAGGUGAUCGAUGAGGGCAUCAAAAGAUGUGAGGCUCUCAGUUGAAACCGAUUGGUCACGAUGAGAUCGCCUGAACAUAAAAACGAACCGCGAACAGGAAGAAGGUAUGAAGAGGAACUUUCUGUGAAGUACCUUUCUCCGGGUGCUUUUACCAUCCUUUCGCCACAAGAUUAUGGUGUUAAUCCUGAUCCACCGUCUGCUCCGGCACAAUACAGAUUAACACCAAAUAGUAGUCGUCGAAAAAUCCAAGCGUUUUCGAUAAUAGCUGAGGCUUCCAGUAAUCCCGGAUCAAGAAGUCCUUCGCCGUCAGGAAGACUUAGUCCUUUCAGAGGUAGAGGGUUUAAUCCAGCGGGGUCACGUCAUGCAUCUCCAAAUCCAUCGCCGCCUCCAGAUGAUUCAAGACAAUCAUCAGCAAGUAGAACCAGCCUUGAUUCGGUUCGAUCACCGAGAAGAUCGCAAAUUCCUCAACUCAAAACAAGAGGAAGCACUGGAAACAUUUUUGGUGAAAAGGUGACACAAGAUGCAAGUACACCCCGUAACAAAAAUCGAUCGAAACUUAGUCCUCAAUUAAGUCAAAGUUUAACUAACAUAAACAGUAGGUACGCUCUUAGCAGAUCCAUGAAACGAAAACCUGCCUUCGAGCAACUUUCACCAAUAGCUGGGAGUUCGCCGGAAACUGGUUCUAUUAACAAAUCGCAGUCUUCCCCAUCAAAAAUUCCACUUUCGUAUCGAAGUCAACCUUCAAGCAGGAGAUCAUCUCCUUCUGGAAGCAGAUUGCCUCAUAACCAUCAAGUUUCGAGGCAAAAUUCUUCAAGAAACAUUUCUAGAAAUAACAGCAGAGAUGCAAGUCCCUCAAAAGCAUAUAGUAGAAUUCCGAUUGCUGGAACUUCAUCGUAUAAAGAAGUUCCGCCUAAAGUUAAUACGUUCAAUAAAUCAAAGCCAAAAGUGCCUCCUAAACCAGAAGAACUUAAAAGUACUACAGGUUCUAGAAGUAAAUUAGUUAAAAAAUCUAGCGAAACAAAAUUGAAGAAUGCAGUUAAUGGAAAAGAAACAAAGUCAUCCGGAAGUACUCAAAAUAGCAAUGGUAAAAAAGGAGAUUCGAGAAAUAAUAGCGGUAAAACUAAUUCAAAUCAGGGUAACAAUAAUAAUAGUACAAAAAAUAAAAAUAAUGGUAACGCAAAACUAAAGAAGGGAGAUGAAAUAAUGGUUAUGGAAGACGUUAAAACAGAAAAAAUUGAAAUGUCAACGAAACCCGAAUUAAAAACUCGGGAAAGUAGUACAAAACUUGUUGAUAUUCCAACCGCAACCGUAGUUUCAUCAACAACAACCACGGCAGUUCAACCCUUACAAAUCGAAGAGGACUUAGAAAAUAUGUUAAAAGAAGAAUUAAGUAAAGUGAGCGGUUACACGAACGAUUCUAGAACUUUAAGUGCGACAAGUGUUUCUAGUGCGAUGAAUAAAAUGAACGAUACCGUGUUAAACUCUCAAACGUUACUUAGGGAUCAUAAUUUUCCAAAAUUGUCGCCGGCGGCAAGUGCUAUUAUAUCACUUUCGAACGAUAACAAAGCGUUAGAUACUAAAAGUGCUACAAACGCCCUGCCAACCAUCGAGUCUAUUCAUAAGAAAAUCGACGGCGUCGGCCAAAACAUAAAUAACACGUUCGCGGACUCAAAUAAAGUGUACAUGGAAUCAAUCGAAAAUAGUGUUAAAAAUAAUAUGAGCAAAGCGAUUACUCCGGAUCAUGUGAAUACUUUUGUACAAAAAGGUGCACAUGAGAAAUUGUUGGAUGGAAGAACUUUAGUUGCGCCAGAUGUAAAACCAAUUAAAAUUUUGGUUAAGGAGAAACCAUCCGAUAUUGAAGUACAGAGUGGAAAUAUUCGAUUACCUUCUAGUGCCACUAACGGUCUUAAUUCUUCACCGAGUUUGCCACCAUCUCAACCAGAAACCCACGAAUCUGACCAUGAGGAGGAAGAAAGAACUUCAGCCAAAAAGAACUGUUGCCUUCGAUUAUUUUCAAGAUGCAAAUGUAAAAAACCGACCUGCAAAAAAUGGAAGAAAAAGAAAUCCGAUUCAACGACGCCAAUAAAAAAAGCGAAAUCAUCGAUAAGCUGUUUUAGUUGUAGAAAAAAGAAAUCGGAGCAGGAUAAGGGAUCAACGAGCACGGCCGCUGUCGGCGAGGAAAAUAACGAAAAAUGUGGUUGUUGGGACAGACUGAAAUGUUGUAAAUCGAAGAAAGUUGCUGAUACUGCGUGGUGUUCGAGGGAAAAGAAAAAGGAUAAUUGGGUAGAGAAACGCGAAAGUGUCACCACGCAAGAAAAUGUACAAAGUAAUAUUAGCUGUAAGAAGAAAUGUAAAAACGCAUUUAAAUCGAUUUUUUGCUGUGGGUUGUGUUGUAACAAAAAGAAAUUUGAUGAUGAUCAGGCAUUUAGAAGAGAAUCGAUGAUAAGUAAGAAGAAAAGUUUAACACCACAAGCUCUUCCUCCACCGGAUACUCGACCAAAAAUUGAUAUUAGCCUGGUAGAACAUACAUCUCUUAUGAGAGGUGCUAUACCAAUUCUACCUGUACCUAUCGCUUGGAUCUGCCUUAUUUGUAACAUAUUUUUACCGGGUAUUGGUACUUUACUGAGUGGUUUAUUUUGUUUGUGCCUUGGAAAACCUCGAUUUUCCCAAAACGAUGGUCCCAAACCUCGAAUCGGUGCCUUCAUUAUUGAUUUGAUUAUUGGCUGUGGACAACUUUUUACGGUCCUAUUCUGUCUAGUUGGAUGGGGUUGGUCUAUAUGGUGGGGUGUAAUAAUGUUAAAAGUUGCACGGAAACAUAAACGAAUACGAUUGGUGGAGGAACGAGCUCAAGCACCACCACCCGCUCUUAAUCAUAAUUCACGGGAUUUGGAACGAGGGUCUUGAGAAAUCACACAGGAAGAUCAUUUUCGUUUUAUAUCUGUAGUUGUAAAUGAUUAUUCCUAAGACAUAAUUUGUAUACAACUCUAAACAACGACCAUGUUUUUAUAUUGUUGAUAAGAAUUUUGGUAAAAAAACGAACUAUUGGUAAUUUAAGAAAAAAUUAAAAACAAAGUUACUUUGUGUAUGUAUUAAGAGAACAUAUAAGAAAUGCUACAUGUAAAAUAAAUGCUUCCACAUUUUAAAAACAUAAAUAAUACUAUUUUUGAUAGAAAAGAAGAAGAGUAAUACUCGAUUGUUACUUACCUCGGUGUAGAUAAAGGGCGUUUAUCUUCUUCGGCGUAGAUCACUCAGUUAGCCAACGCUAUUAGACUAUACAAAUUUAAACUAAUUAGCGUUUGUAAUGUCAUUUUUGCGGGACAAAAAUGAUUUUCUGCAUUUUUGCACUUUUUGUAAUAUCAACUCUAGAAUGUAAGUUAUUUGUAUAACAUUUAUAUAAAAUAAUACUUAAUACUUUUAUUAUAUUUUAUUCAUAAAUAACAUAUUCGCUUUAAAUGAACAAAAAAUUAUAAUUUUUAUCUACAAUUGUUUGUAUAACGUCUGGUUGUUUAAUUCAAAAUUUUAAUAAGAAUACAAUAUCGAAAUCAUUAUCUUUAACAUGUAGUGGAAAAGAUUAUUUUGUGUUUUGCCUUAGGACUCGUCAUU